UUUGUGAUGAGGUGUGAAAAGAUCUUAGUAUUGCUGAAAUGAAAUGAAAUCACGUAAAUCGCAAGUUUAAUAGUGUUUUGUGAUGUUAAAUUAGUGCUUUUAAGAUAAGUGCAACAAAUCUACGAAUACAAUACAACAGUGCCUCAAUAUAAAUGAUAUCUAAUCACUACGAAACCACCGCGCAGCCAAGUCGAAUCCGAUUGGACCGAAUGGAGUGAUCAAAUAUAAACUAACGAUGCAAACCAAUCUGAAAACUAAAGAGAUGUUUAUAGUCAGAGCGUUGGAAAAAAUACUAGCCGAUAAGGACAUCAAAAGAUCAUAUCACAGCCAGUUGAAAAAGUCCUGUGAAGUGGCCCUAGAGGAAAUAAAAGCAGAACUUAAAAAUGGAGGUCAAGUUGAAUCACCGGAGAGUCCAUCAUCGGGCACUCUCCCACUUCCUAAGAAUGACGCUUCUAACAUCAUCAAGGCUGAAAAAUACUUCCUUCCAUUUGAACUGGCCUGCCAGAGCAAAGCGUCCAGGAUAGUUGUUACAGCUUUAGAUUGCCUACAGAAACUCAUAGCUUAUGGUCAUCUCACUGGAAAAAUUCUUGAUUCAACUACUCCCAGAAAACUGUUAAUUGAUAGGAUUGUUGAAACAAUUUGCAGUUGUUUCAAUGGACCACAGACUGACGAAGGAGUACAACUACAAAUAAUUAAAGCUCUUCUCACUGUCAUAACAAGUCAACAUGUUGAAGUCCAUGAAGGUACUGUACUACUUGCAGUUCGUACUUGUUACAACAUUUACUUGGCUAGUAAAAAUCUUAUCAACCAAACAACAGCAAGAGCCACUCUCACACAGAUGCUAAAUGUGAUUUUCACAAAAAUGGAAAACCAGGCAAUAGAAACUGAACAACAACAACUGAACAGUCACCUACCUGAACAUCACCAUAGAAUACCCAAUGGCACUUUAACCACAGAGGAUGGAGCAACUCCAACAAAUAAGGAAACAACUAGACAUGAAGAAGUUGAUGAAGUUUUGGAAGCCAAAAUGAUAGCUAAGCAAAUAGUUGACUCUGUUAUAGAUAAUGCAAUUAUUAUUGCUUCAAAGAAAAAUUCUGAAGAAUACAGUCAAAAUGGUCCUGACAAUAUUGAAAAUCCAUCAGAUAAUGGUAGUAUUUCUCAGGAAAGCAAUGGACAAGCAAAUACUGAAUCAUCUAUGACUAGGAUCCCAUCACAAGAAAGUGUUGAUGUUGCAUCAGAAAAUGACAACUCAGUGACUGCUAAGUUUACACAUGUCUUACAAAAGGAUGCAUUCCUAGUCUUCAGGGCUCUAUGUAAAUUGUCCAUGAAGCCUUUACCUGAUGGUACGCCUGACCCUAAAUCACAUGAAUUGAGAUCUAAAAUUCUGUCUUUACAUCUACUUCUUUCUAUCCUACAAAAUGCAGGCCCAGUGUUUAGAAACAAUGAGAUGUUCAUAACUGCUAUCAAGCAAUACCUUUGUGUUGCAUUAUCAAAGAAUGGUGUCAGCUCAGUGCCUGAAGUAUUUGAACUGUCGUUAGCCAUCUUUUUGGCCUUGCUACAAAACUUUAAGGCACAUCUCAAAAAACAAAUUGAGGUAUUCUUCAAGGAAAUUUUCAUGAACAUUUUGGAAACCUCAAGUUCCUCAUUUGAGCAUAAGUGGAUGGUGAUUCAAGCUUUGACAAGAAUAUGUGGAGAUGCCCAGAGUGUUGUGGAUAUUUAUGUAAACUAUGAUUGUGAUUUGUCAGCUGCUAACUUGUUCCAAAGGCUUGUUAAUGAUGUGUCUAAAAUUGCCCAAGGAAGGCAAGCUUUGGAAUUAGGAGCCACACCUAACCAAGAAAAAUCUAUGAGAAUUAGAGGCCUUGAAUGCCUGGUGUCAAUAUUAAAAUGUAUGGUAGAAUGGAGUAAGGAGUUGUACAUCAAUCCAAAUAUGCAAACUACAUUAGGUGAGAGACCAGUAAAAGAAGAUACAGACCAUCAAAGCAUCAAAUCCCAUGGAGGUUCAAGCCUUAGCUUGGUUUCUACAGGAUCUAGUAAUAUUGGUAAUAGAGAAACCCUAGAUUCACCUGAACAGUUUGAAGUUUUGAAGCAACAAAAAGAAGUGUGGGAAACAGGUAUUGAUCUCUUUAACAGAAAGCCAAAGAAAGGAGUAACGUUUUUGCAAGACCAAGGAUUACUAGGAACAUCUACAAAGGAAAUAGCUGAAUGGUUGAUAACAGAUGAAAGAAUAGAUAAAAUAUUUAUUGGUGAAUAUUUAGGUGAAAAUGAUGAUCAUUCAAAAGAAGUCAUGUAUGCUUACGUUGAUUCAAUGAACUUCUCUAAUAUGGAUAUUGUUGCUGCUUUACGACAUUUUCUAGAAGGUUUCCGAUUACCAGGCGAAGCUCAGAAAAUUGAUAGACUAAUGGAAAAGUUUGCCGCUCGCUAUUGUGAAUGUAAUCCUACUAACACAUUAUUCACAAGUGCAGACACAGUAUAUGUAUUAGCAUUUUCAAUAAUAAUGCUUACAACUGAUUUGCAUUCACCACAAGUAAAGAAUAAAAUGACAAAGGAACAAUACAUCAAACUGAAUAGUGGCAUAAGUGACAAUAACGAUCUUCCGCGUGAGUACUUAUCACAGAUUUACGAUGAAAUAGCUGGCCAUGAAAUUAAAAUGAAAAACACAUCUAAACCUGGAAAACACAUGAUCGCUAAUGAAAAGAAACGCAAGUUUAUUUGGAAUAUGGAAAUGGAACAAAUAUCUACUGCUGCUAAGAAUUUGAUGGAAUCGGUAUCACACGUUCAAACACCCUUUACUACCGCAAAGCAUGUUGAACAUGUGCGACCCAUGUUUAAAAUGGCCUGGACACCAUUCCUUGCUGCAUUCUCUGUAGGGCUUCAAGACUGUGAUGACCCCGAAAUUGCCUCCUUAUGUCUAGAUGGUAUUAGAUGUGCUAUUCGCAUUGCAUGCAUUUUUCACAUGUCACUUGAAAGAGAUGCGUAUGUCCAAGCCUUAGCAAGAUUCACUUUGUUGACUGCAAACUCGCCUAUCACAGAAAUGAAGGCCAAAAACAUUGAUACAAUCAAAACCUUGAUAACUGUGGCACAUACUGAUGGAAACUAUCUAGGAUACAGUUGGUUGGAUGUGGUAAAGUGCAUUUCGCAGCUAGAACUAGCGCAACUAAUCGGAACUGGUGUGCGACCACAAUUCUUAUCGGGGUCGGGGAUCAAACCGCAACCAGAUGCACUAAAAUUCAGCCUAAUGGCGUUGGAUCCAAGCGUAAAAGAACACAUUGGCGAAACGAGUUCACAGAGUGUGGUAGUGGCAGUAGAUAGAAUAUUUACGGGAUCUACUAGGCUUGACGGAGAUGCAAUUGUUGACUUUGUGAAAGCUUUAUGUCAAGUAUCAUUAGACGAGCUGAGCCAUCCUACAAAUCCUCGAAUGUUUUCCUUACAAAAGAUUGUUGAGAUCUCAUACUACAACAUGGGACGUAUCAGAUUGCAAUGGUCUCGUAUUUGGCAAGUGCUUGGGGACCACUUCAAUAAAGUUGGCUGUAGUAGCAAUGAGGAUAUCGCAUUUUUUGCAGUGGAUUCUUUGAGACAGUUGUCUAUGAAAUUUAUAGAAAAAGGUGAAUUCGCUAAUUUCAAAUUCCAAAAAGAUUUCUUAAGACCAUUCGAGCACAUAAUGAAGAAAAACAGCUCGCCGACAAUACGAGACAUGGUUGUCCGCUGUAUUGCACAGAUGGUAAACUCUCAAGCGCCAAACAUAAAAUCUGGGUGGAAGAAUAUAUUUUCGGUAUUUCAUCUGGCAGCCAGCGAUCAAGACGAAGCAAUCGUCGACUUAGCAUUCCAGACUACAGGCAAGAUUAUAACAGAGCUGUAUGAUAAACAAUUCCCAGCAAUGAUAGAUUCAUUCCAAGAUGCCGUUAAAUGUCUAUCUGAAUUCGCAUGCAACGCUAAAUUCCCUGACACGUCAAUGGAAGCGAUAAGGCUGGUUAGAUCUUGCGCAACAGCUGUGGGCACGUCGCCACACCUGUUCGCGGAACACGCUGGGCUCGAAGGAGAGCCGGGUGCACUCGAGGAAGACAGGGUGUGGUUGCGAGGAUGGUUCCCACUUCUGUUUUCACUUUCCUGUGUCGUGAGCCGUUGCAAGCUCGACGUCCGAACGCGGGGAUUAACUGUCCUCUUUGAGAUUAUUAAAACGCACGGCGAUUCAUUCCGUCCCCAUUGGUGGAGAGAUUUAUUUAAUAUACUGUUUAGAAUAUUUGACAAUAUGAAAUUACCUGAGCAUCAGUUGGAAAAAAACGAAUGGAUGACUACGACAUGCAAUCACGCUUUGUAUGCUAUCGUAGAUGUCUUCACGCAAUACUUUGACAUUCUCGGCUCUCUUCUUCUGGAACAAUUGUAUUCGCAGUUGCAUUGGUGCGUUCAGCAAGAUAACGAACAACUAGCGAGAUCCGGUACUAACUGUUUGGAAAAUCUAGUCAUAUCCAACGGAACCAAAUUCGGUGAAGAAACUUGGAGUAAAACUUGCCAGAUUAUGUUGGAUAUAUUUAACAGUACGUUGCCUACUACCUUACUUACGUGGAAACCCGACGAAAACGAAGACGGGGAAACACCUCACGUGCGUCACGGAAUUCUCAAAAAACCACAAGGUGGCGACGAAAUUAAAUCGUCUAAUCGUAUUUUCAACAGUCUUUUGAUUAAAUGCGUAGUUCAACUAGAACUUAUACAAACUAUUGACAAUAUUGUGUUUUAUCCUGCCACAUCCAGAAAGGAAGACGCGGAAACAUUGGCUUUGGCCGCCGCAGAAUUGACUGGUGGCACUCCUGGUACAGAACAAGAAUGUCAGCGUGAAGAGCAAGGCAUGUAUAGGUUACUGAGCUCACCCCAUUUGCUGCGACUCGUGGAAUGCUUGAUGUGCAGUCAUCGGUUCGCGAAGACGUUCAACACUAAUAAUACCCAGAGAAAUGUGCUCUGGAAAGCUAACUUCAAAGGGUCUGUGAAGCCCAACAUGUUGAAACAGGAGACCCAGUCACUGGCGUGUGUGCUCCGGAUAUUGUUCAAGAUGUACAGUGACGAGGCUCGCCGGAGCCACUGGCCGGCUGUGCAGAAGAGUCUGAUAACCAUAUCCUGCGAGGCUCUCGAAUAUUUCGGUUCGUUGACGAACGAAGCUCACAGGGAUGCGUGGACAUCGAUACUACUACUCAUCCUAACGAGAAUCCUCAAAAUGCCCGACGAAAGAUUUGCGGCGCACGUAUCGAGCUACUACCCGAUGCUCUGCGAAAUCACCUGUUUCGACCUAAAACCCGAGCUUCGAUCGGUCUUGAGACGCGUCUUUAUACGCAUCGGACCCGUCUUCAAUAUUAUAUCUAACACGCAAUAAAUUGCUUAUCGGUUUACAAAAAAAAUGGCCUUAUAGUUGAGUAGGUUAAAGUAUGACUUUGAUGUUAAUAAAUAAUAAUUAACUGCCGGAAAUAAAGACGAAUCAGCCUCUACGGGAACUAAUACAAUAAACUGUUGUUACUUGUACAGAGUAAGUGAAGGCACGACGACAGCGUCCGCAGUGGCGUGAUAUACGCACGCAGCAGACCUUUUGCGUCCUAGCUGUGACCAAUCACGACAAUCGCUCAAACCGGCGCGUCUUGUAAUUGGUCGUUAAUAUACACGCCAGCGCGGACGCUUAUGGAAGCCUCUGUUUGCAUGCCUUAGUCACAUAGUUGUUAGUUCGGUUAUACACAAAUUUUAAACAAUACUUAAUUGCCAGGUAACUAGUGCAUUAACCACAAUUCUCUAGAUUGACUAUUACACUAGUCCGCUAAUGGUUAAUAUACGUAAUAAACUGCGCUGGUUGCAAAUGUGAUAAUCACAAGUUUUCCACCAUAAAAAGGUAUGAAAGGCCUUUAGAGCUCUAAAAGUCUAAACUGAACUAAAUUGGCAGGUUUAAGACCUAUCUUUUUCGUUCCAUAUGUUACCUGUGGAAGAGAAUAGCUGUAAUGAUAGAUGUCGUAAAGUGCCGACAACAAUGCAUUCUGAUCAUUGAAUCGUUGCCUAGUGUACACAAAUCCCAGCCUUUUCCACGUAGUACAUGAUUAAAAGGGUGACAUUUCUAGUCUACUUGCCCGAAGUUAAUAAAUAAUCGAUUUAAUCCAAAAUCUUCAGAUGACACUUUGAGUUAAGUGCUAUUACAAGCUAGCACAAGAUAAUGCUAAGCUAUUCUUUUAUAGCAGAACAAGUUUGCACUACUUGAUGCAAUCUGAAAUGUUUUUAUUAUUAUUAAUUUCGGACGUUUGUUUAGUGUAGAGAUUUGUGUACAACCGCAUUGGCGCCAUUUGUGUAGAUUUAUUUAAAGAAAAAAAUCCCUUAAAGUAAACUAAUAGGUCCAAAAGAUGCGUAAAAUUCUUUCUCUCUAUUCUUUGUGGAAAAGGACUGCACUAUUUUAAUACUUGCCACUAGUGCUUAGCGAGCUGUGUAGAACAAGGUGUACAAAGCGUAAGGAUGAACACUACUAGGUCUUCCUAGGAUAAAACGCCUUCCUAGUAACUUAAACCGAAUGAGCCUUUGUACUGUACUGAGGUAUAAAAUAAUUCCGUUCGAACAUUGAAAAGCAAAUUAAUUGUUUAAGCAGUCGUAAAAGGGACUCGAUUUUGACGGUCCAAGUGUGGUUUAAAUGUCCCCAUUACUUUUAAGAUGCUUCUCAUAAUUCAGUGGUCAGUCCCCGUGGAGAGGAAUGUCUGUCUGUAGUUUAUGAAACUGUUUUGAUACCUAGUUAUAUGCAGAUUCAUACACUACGUAAUCUACACUCGUAUCAUAAAACUCCUAACUUUUUUGAUUUUGUCAUAAGAAAAGUUUAUUGAAAUAAAUCUAAUUUUUCGGGAUGCAAUGUACUUUGUAAUUGCUUUUUUAUUGAUAAAGAAUUAUUUUUGUUAUGAAUACAUUUGUAAUUUCCACAUCCCACUAGCUCUAAAACAUGCUGAACAUUGCAAUGUUUGCUUUUUCUGGAUUUAAUCUGAACUUGAAAAAAAAAUUAGCUAGCUUUGUCUGUACCUAACUUAGAUCUCUUGUUGCACAAACAUUUUAUUAUUUACAUAGUUAUUAGAGAAUUACGAUAUUGAAAUAUGACAAUAUUCAUUAUUUAAUUCAGAAUCGUAAAUUUAAAGAUACAAGUGUAGAUAAAAAAUAAAAAGC